AUGAGCGAUGAGGGGUUAAAGGAGGUGUUGGGGCAUGGAGUGGGGUAUUAUAACGAGACGUUGAGUGAACAGGAUACAAUCGUGCAGCGCUUAUUCCAGAGUGAGGACGAGUUGGACGCAGUGAGCCCGCUCAACUUGGGAAUGAUCACUGAGCACUUGAAUAUCUCCUCACACAGAUGUCACAGUCGAAGUCAUCUCUAUGACCGUCUCCCCCGCAAACUCAACUCCUCCUCCGUCAACUACGAAUUCACGCACUUCAAAACCUUCCUCCUCCUCCAAGCCCACUUCAGCCGUAUCCACCUCCCCGCGGAACUCAUAACCAACCAACGUCUCAUCCUCGAGAAGAUCCUCAACCUCCUCUCUGCAUGUGUUGAUAUGUGUGUGCAGGCGGUGUGGGAGAGGGAUUCGCCAUUGAAGCAGAUUCCGCAUUUCGAGGCGGAGGUGAUCAGACGAUGUGCGGAUGCGGGGUUGGAGAGUGUUUAUGAUGUGAUGGGAUAUGGAGGAUGGAAGUGUAUUGAUAUUGAGGUUUUGAAGAUGUCUAAUGCACAAAUGCAAGACGUUGCUGCAUUUGAACUCGUCAAAGGCACCGACGACGAUGACCAGACCGUCAUUGCACCGUUCUAUCCCACUGAAAAGAUGCUCAACCGGUGGCUUGUUCUCCUCGUCAUCAAGCGAGUCACAAUAGACAAAACUCUCACCGUGAAACUCGAGUUCACGCUCCCCAAAGGCAAACACCCGCUCAAGCUGUAUUCGAGGUUGCGGAAGGAGUCGGAUGAGGAUAGUGAUGAGGAGGGAAGUAACGAUGAUGCUAUGCAGGAGUGA